CACUACUUAGUGGUUUGUCUUAAAAAAAUAUCCUCAAAGAUAGAAAUUUUCCCUCUUUUCUCUCCCUCACAAAUAACUAUUUUGAGCUUCUUUUUCUUCAUUUAAUGGAGAAAAAGAAUGGCUACACACAAGAUGGCACCGUUGAUCUCCAUGGUCGGCCGGUGCUUGCGGCUAAAACUGGUCGAUGGAGGGCAUGUGCUUUCCUUGUAGGUAGUUUACUUUUUUCCGAUAGAAAUGAACAGCUUGGUGAAGCUUUGGGAAUGAUCCUGCUUACACUGGCCGUGUGGCUCAAAACCGUACGGCCAAACUGCGAGAAGGGCGAAAUCUGUAACAAGGCAGCGCCAUCUGAAAUCGCAUUCUUCUUCUCCGCUUUGUACAUGAUAGCCAUAGGCGCUGGAGGCACAAAGCCCAACAUCUCAACCUUCGGCGCCGAUCAAUUCGAUGAGUUUGAAGGAGAAGAGAAAAAGCUGAAAGUGUCCUUCUUUAACUGGUGGAUCUUCAGCUCCUUUACCGGAGCCCUGAUGGCUACCACUGGGCUUGUAUUCGUCCAGGAGAACCUCGGCUGGGGUAUAGGCUACGCGAUUCCAACUGCAGGGCUUAUUUUCUCUCUGAUUAUAUUUUAUGUGGGAACGCCUAAGUACAGGCACAAGGUGUGUCGGAAGAGUGGGAUUCCGGCGAGGGAGAUGGUUAGGGUUUGGGUUGCAGCCUUUGCGAAUUGCCGGCGGGAGUUACCGGAGGAUCCGAAGGAGCUGAACGAGAUGGAGCCCCGGCAUUACUUGAUUGCUGGGAAGAGGAGACUAACCCACACUUCGGCUUUCAGGUUUCUCGACAAAGCUGCACUCAAAAGCGGCGAUCGCCUGCUGGUAAAUCCCUGCACGGUGACCCAAGUGGAAGAGACAAAGUUAGUCCUCGGCAUGGCCAUCAUCUGGCUAACCACUCUCAUUCCCUGCACAGUCUUCGCCCAAGUCAACACCCUCUUCGUCAAACAGGGUACUUCGCUCAACCGCUCACUCGGCGACGGCUUCCGCAUCCCCGCCGCCUCUCUCGGCAGCUUCGUCACCAUCUCCCUGCUCCUAUCCACCCCUAUAUAUGACCGUUACUUCGUCCCUUUUAUGCGCCGCCGCACCGGCUGCCCGCGUGGCAUAACCCUCCUCCAACGCAUCGGCCUCGGCUUCGCCUCCCACAUUCCUGUUACCGCCGUCGCAUAUUCCGUCGAACUCCAUCGCAUGCGGGUUAUCAAAACCCAUCACAUUACCUCACCAAACGCCGUCAUACCAAUGAGCAUCCUCUGGCUUUUGCCUCAGUACGUUCUUCUCGGCGUAGGCGACGUUUUCAACGGUAUUGGAUUGCUGGAAUUCUUCUAUGACCAAUCGCCGGAGGACAUGAAGAGCCUGGGCACUACUUUUUUUACCAGUGGGAUUGGAGUGGGGAAUUUUUUAAAUAGUUUUUUGGUGACCGUUGUGGAUGAGUUGACGAAAAGGAGAUCGAAGGGGCGUGGGAAGAGUUGGAUAGGUAAUAAUUUGAAUGAUUCGCAUUUGGAUUAUUACUAUGCGUUUUUGCUGGGGUUAACGGCGCUAAACUUCGCUGCUUUUGUGUGGCUGGCUGCAAGGUAUGAUUAUAAGCAGGAAGAGGCGAUGCCUGAUGAAGGGAAGAUGGAGAGCAGAGGAGGCGAUGAGAGCUCGGUGGCCGUUGGCGGGGCGGCACUGUAGAUGUAAACGUGUGAACAUUUUCUGCUCGUGUGGUUAUAACAAGUCUUCAAGGGAGUGUGCUUGUGCUGUGGUUUAAAUGAUUUAAGUAAUUGAUGAACACUAAUUAAAUGGAUUAAUGUUUUUCUAUAAUCAAAUAAAUAUAAGUUUUAUUAUUA